AUGGGCCGUGCGCCGACCAGUGGCAACUGCCACACGUGCCGCAAGCGGCGUGUCAAGUGCGACCAAGCACGACCGGCAUGCGAGCGCUGUGUGCGCGGUGGCUUCGCAUGCCAAGGCUACGAGACGGUGCUGCGGAUGCAGAAUCACGCGGUAGUGGCCGGUGUGGCGCCCGGGUCGGUGCGGCUGGCCAAGGUGCAGGACAUGACGUCGUUUCCCCGGAAGGAAAAGGAGGUGGCGGCCACACCGACGUCCCGGAGGGCAAGCAAACGAGCCGCCGCCACGGCGGCCCAGCCGACGACCGCUGCCAAACAGACACCGUCGCCAUCACCUCCGUCGAUGCCCCAGGAACUCAGCCUCGUCGGUUUUGUCGACGACAUGGCCUUUUCCUACUUCUUCCAGGCCUACGGCUGGAUCAAUAUGCACAGCAUUCUGCUCCAAGACAGCGCCAUGCGCGGCCACCUGCUGGCGUCGGACAGCACCGUCCACAGUCCAGAUGCGUCGUCAUCCUCAUCCUCGUCGUCAUUUUCAUCCCCAUCCUCUUCCUCGCUUUCUUCUGCGCACUUGGCUGGCGGCAUGGCCCAAGACAGCCUGCGCGCCCUCUGCUACGGCCUGCUCGGCCGCGACAAGCACGUCCCCGCCCUGCAAGACGCCGCUCGCCGCGCCUAUGGCAAAGCCAUUGCCGACCUCCGUGCCGCCAUCGCCACACCCACCGCCGAAGCCGCCGACCUUGCCUUGCUCGUCAAGCCCAUUUCGCUGCUCGGCGCCUACUCUGUCGCCAUCGAGCGCGACCGCCGCUUCACGCACCAUGCCGGCCUCGCCCGCAUUCUCGAGAUCUGCGGCCCGGCGGCCUUCCAGUCGCCCACGCUGCUGCCCGUGUUUGAGUCGGCGCGCAUGACGCUGGUGGCUGAUGCCGUCGUGCGUCGGCAAGAGUCGACGUUUUUAGACAGCGACGAGUGGAAGACGGUGCCGUGGGCACGCAACCCGGCGGCCAAGUCGCCCACCAACCGGCUGCUGGACGUCUUGUCGGCCGUUCCCGCGCUCAUCCACGGCGCCUGGGCCGUUUUUAACGACCGCGUAGCAUGGCUGGCGGCGGGGGGUCCAAACGAGCUGCCGCGGAUCGAGAGCCCAGACGCCGUGCCGUCGUUGUUGGCACGCGUGCGCCAACUACGAAGCAAGGCCGCCGCCUGGCAUCGGUGGUGGACCGAAGACGCCUCGCCCGCAGAGCGCCUGGCCCGCCGUCGUGUUUUGGCCUGGGCCUACGCCCACACCGGCGACGACUCCUACCGCCCGGGCAUCAUGGGCGUCCAGGGUCCGGACCAUUUCGAGACAUCUCUCUACAGUGUUCUCCAGGGAUGGCACGACGACACCGCCUUCUCCACCGUCUCCCUUCGCGAUCUGGAGGACGAUCCCCGUCUUCCCACGCACAUGCAGGACGCCGCCCUCUACACCACGGCCCUCGUCUGGGCCGACCGGCUCGACCGCUACCUGGGCCACGCCGCCCGCUCGCCUACCUGCACCGACUUCUUCAGCAAACCCUUCCGCUCGCCCUGCCCCUGCCGCAGCACCAUGACGCCCACCGUGUGCCAGACCGUCCCGCCGCGCAUCGACACGGCCCGCGCCAGCCAGGCCGUCGCCUGGAAUGCGGCCACCUAUGGAGUGGCCGGCGACGGCCUCGCCAACCGCCUCGCCGUUGGGGUCGGGUUGGGGUCGUCAGAGUCGCACGCCACGCUCGACCCCAUUACAACCGUCGACCCGGCCGAGCUUACCAAAGGCGCCUCCCUGGCAUCCGACCAUGGCGCGUUGGCUGGCGACCUCCUCCUGCCCGGCGACAUUCGCUUCGUCGCCCACAUGCGGAUCUUGUCGUAUCUCUGCGCCCGCCUACCCACCACCCGCGGUCCAAUGCUUGCCACCUUGGCGGCCGUCGGCCUCGCGCACUGCUCCCACGACGUCCGGCCGUCUGAGGGUCAUGCGGACAUUGCUGCCGUGGCCGUGGCGCGCGUCUUUGAAGGCACUGGCGUCGAUGGAGCGGCGGACAUUCUGCUGCGACAGUACACCCCAGCGACGGCUGCAGUGGCAGGUUGA